CAGAUGCGCGCGAGACUCUGGUUUUUGACAUAUGAGAGUGAGCGAGGUGCGCGCCGAGUGUGUGUGUGUAUAUAUAAGUAUCUAUGUGUGUGUGUGUGUGUGCGCGCUGCAUGCAGUAGAGGCGCGCGCGCAGACCCAUAUGGCGUUCUCUCCCGUGGCGCCGUUUCUGCACGCGCGCUGAACACCGGAACCUCGGGAUUGUAUUUACAUUCUGGAAUUUUUGGGUAAACAGGAUAGAGAAACAGCGGGACUUGUGUGUGUGUCUGUGUCUGAGGACAUGCGUAAAGAUGAUGGAGAGUUACCCCGCAUGGCACUGAGACGGAGGCGCGCGCAGGAAUAAUCUCCUUCACGGUGAUUUAUUCAUUUAGAGGGGAUUUUUUGGAGAACAUCAGCAUGACCUCUGUGAGUGGGAAUAAAGAGAGAAGCGGCAGGAACCGGAAACACACGAUGACGGAUUGUUCUCCAACUAAAUCAGCCUCGUUCUCCCCGGACUCGUGGUACCGUAAAGCGUGUGAGGAGUCUCGCUCUGGGUUCCGCCCGGUUCCUGAGGGUGCUCGCUCUGUUCCUGGUUCAUCAGGUGCCCCCUCCCCUGGCUCUGGAACCUCUUCCCCGGGUUCUUUCUCCAGCUCUCCAGGCACUGUGUCUCCAGGGAUUGGGACAAGUUCUCCAGGUUCUUUGGGUGGUUCUCCAGGGUUUGGUACAGGUUCUCCGGCCUCAGGCAGCGGAAGUUCUCCAGGUUCUGAGAGAGGAACAUGGUGUGAUACCUGCACCAGCCGUCUGGCAGAGCUGAAGCGGCAAGCAGCCAAACUGCUCCUCCCUGGACCUUACUCCUCCAAGGACCCGUCUCUCUCUCUCCUCCUUCAUGAUAAGUUGCAGAUUCCCAGCAGUCCAAGGAAAGCAUGGAAUGAGCAAGAGAGCCGUUGUGAAGUUUGCUUUACACACCUGAGCCAAUUAAAACAGGAAGCUGUGCGUUUGGUGCUUACCUGUGACGUGUCACCUGGGUCUCCGCCCUCUCUGACCUCAUUAGUGGGUACUAGGAGCCUCAUCCAAAGCUCCACCACAAUCCACCUGCCCGGAUCAUACCAUCACGUCAGUCCUUCCUCCUCCAACAGUGUGGUUUUGCCACCUAGCAUCUCAUCAACCUGUAGCACGACCAGUAGCAUUAGCAAUGUUAGCAUUAGCAGCCCUCAUCAUACCAAACAUGGCACCAAACCAAACACACUUGGUGUGGAGAGGAAGCCUGGAUCUCUGGCUCACACACACUCCAACAAUACCUGGUCACCUGCACACUUGUCUUGCUCCAAUGGAGUCACUCUCUUUCCUUAUCAGAUGUCAGAUAGUAGUAAAGAGUGUAUGAGUGAAGGCGCACUUAAUCGCUGUAACACGGAUCGCCUGGCCCCACCCCCAGCUCCGCCUACUAUGGCGCCAUCCACAGGACCGUCAGCUGCUGCCUCCUUCUUCGCCAGAGCGGCUCAGAAACUAAACCUGUCUUCUAAAAAGAAGAAGCUGAAGCCGACUCCCACUGCUCCACUGGCCCCACCCCUUUUUCCAACCAACUUUAGUGGAAUCCUGCAGGUCACUCCUCCUCCAGCCCCGCCCUGUCUGCUCAGAGCUGUCAGUAAAGUAAGAGAUAAUCCAGGACUCGGCAAGGUGAAGGUGAUGCUGCGCGUGUGUGCUGUGUCCCACGCUGAGUCCAGCUCCUUCCUGAAAGUUGACUCUCGUAAGAAACAGGUUAGCAUUAUGGACCCAGCUGUUAACUCCACCUCUCAGCAGAGCUCCAAUCAGAAACGAGGAGCCUCCACCCAAGCCCCACCCAAAAUGUUUACCUUUGACUCCGCCUUCUCACAUGAUGCCUCACAGGCAGAGGUGUGUGCAGGUACAGUAGCGGAGGUGAUCCAGUCGGUGGUGAAUGGAGCUGAUGGAUGUGUGUUCUGUUUUGGUCACACCAAACUGGGAAAAACCUACACCAUGAUUGGGAAGGACGACUCCAUGCAGAACCUGGGCAUUAUCCCCUGCGCUAUCUCCUGGCUCUUUAAGAUCAUUACGGAGCGGAAGGAGAAGACAGGAGCUCGGUUCUCUGUCCGCGUCUCUGCUGUGGAGGUCUGGGGGAAAGACGAGAACCUGAAGGACCUGCUCUCUGAUGUGGCCACAGGCAGUUUACAGGACGGCCAGUCACCUGGAGUUUACCUGUGUGAAGACCCCAUCUGUGGCAUGCAGCUGCAGAAUCAGAGCGAGCUGCGAGCGCCCACAGCGGAGAAAGCCGCCUUCUUUCUGGAUGCUGCUAUCGCGGCUCGCUACAGCAGCCGGGCCGAGUGUGACGAGGACGAACAUCGCAACUCACACAUGCUCUUCACACUGCACAUCUACCAGUACCGCAUGGAGAAGAGCGGGAAAGGAGGCAUGUCCGGAGGCCGCAGUCGUCUGCACCUGAUCGAUUUGGGAAGCUGUGUGAAGGAGCCGUCUAAACCCUGUGAAAGUGCCACGCCCAGUCAGUGUCUGUCUCUCUCGGCCCUCGGGAAUGUCAUCCUUGCCCUUGUCAACGGCUCGAAACACAUUCCCUACAAGGACAGUAAGUUAACGAUGCUGUUGAGAGAAUCGCUGGGCAACAUGAACUGCCGCACUACUAUGAUCGCUCACAUCUCCUCCUCUCCCAGCCACUUCUCAGAAACUCUGUCUGCACUACAGAUUGCAUCUCGAGUGCUGAAGAUGAAGAAGAAGAAGACUAAAGUAAGCAUGCAGUACACGUCCAGCUCCUCCGGUGGAGAAAGCUCAUGCGAGGAGGGAAGGAUGAGACGUCCGACUCAGCUCCGAAACAUACACUCCAGGAAUGUUAGAGACUCUGAAAUACCCCUGCUUCACAUUUCCAGUGACCCAGAUGAUUAUUCCAGCAGCGAGCAGUCCUGCGAUACUGUCAUUUACGUGGGUCCGAAUGGUUCAGCGCUUUCGGACAGAGAGCUCACAGAUAACGAAGGUCCUCCGGAGUUUGUACCCAUCAUCCCUUCUAUACACAAGGAUAAGGCUGGCCAAGGCAGGCAGUCGUCUCAGUUAGGUGAUUCUCUAAUCCAGCCCCCGCAAAAUGUCCAGUCGAUUCAGACCCUUCAUCCUCAGACACUUCCUCCUGUACCUGAAGAAACUGCAGACUCCAGCAAGCAGGAGAAGGACUGUCUCAAAUGCAACACGUUUGCAGAGCUGCAGGAGCGUCUGGGGUGCAUUGAUGGCAGCGAGGAGGUAACCAAUUUUCCUUUUGAAGAAGUUCCAUCCAACAGACUUAAGAAAAUUGAGUCUCUUCCAUCGCGUACCACCACAGGUUCUCCCAAGAGGAUCUCUAAUGAUCAGCAACUGGAGGAGAUCCGGGAAGUGGUAGAGGAAGCUGAGAUUGCACAGUCCAUUAUAGAAAGUCUGACAAAGUCUACAAUAAAUAGUUGUGCUCUUUCUACAAGUGUAACUGGAGGGACUGGUGUGGGACAGCUCACAUCUCUUCAAAGGGCCAACAGCUCCAGUCUUCAUAACAGCAGGGAGUCCAUUAGUGGAGGAAGCAGCAGUGAUAGCAAACCUCGUUCCAUGGGUUCUCCCAGACUCGGUAUAGCUAGCUUGACAAAAACAUCUGAAUACAAACCCCCCUCCUCACCUUCUCAGCGCUGCAAGGUGUACACUCAGAAAGGAGUGAUGCCUAAUACACCUCCGCAAUCCACACAAAACCUGCACAGAGAUUCAGGAAAGUCGUCCACUGAGUCGUUGCUUCAGGCUGAAUUCAGAACAUCUCCUGUUGGGAUGAGUCCACGGGUACUAAAAUGCUCUUCUUCCUGUAACAGUUUAGGUUCAGUGGACACACUAUGUGACGAUGUUCCUCAACUCCCUCUGGACAAUAAGAACAGCACAACAGUCACCUUACAGCAGCUCUUAGAGCCACAGGCUGACGAUGAUUUGGUCUUCACCCUUGUUGAGGAGCUAACAGUGAACGGGAUCAUGGAGGAUGGCAGGCCCACCAGUGUUAUCAGCUUCGACAGCGAGUGCUCAGUUCAGGCUCUUGCAUCGGGUUCACGGCCCGUCAGCAUCAUCAGCAGUAUGAGUGAAGACCUGGAGUGCUACAGCAAUCUAGCCUCCAUAACCACUGCCACCAUCUCAGAAGCCAACAUUGCUAAAUUUCUGCCUCUUGGCAAGGUGGAAGGAGAGGUCAUCAUGAGCCGAUGGCCCUCUAACAGUUCUUGGCUGACUGAAAUAAGCACAGGAAGUGGUGGAGAAGAGACUUGUCAUAGCUUUGUUACACAGCAAUGCUUUGGGCAGGGUGACAAACUAGCUGAGGUUCAGCUUCUGGAAAUGAAUGAGGUAGGAGAGCUCACAGAACAGAAAAGGGAGGAUGGAAAUGUUUUCUGUGUAAAUGAAACUUCUACCAAAAUGUCUCCAACCAUGGGAAAAACAACAGUCACCAUUUCCAAUGUUCAGUCAUUAUGCACCUUCACUAGCUUUUCCCCUAACAAAACUAACAUAACAGCUCAGCCUUGUGUUACUGUAAUGCCCAUUACUCAUGAUCCACCAACCAAACACCCUUCUGUCAAUGAUCCCAGAUCUCCACCAGUUCCUCUCUCAAGUGAGAUGGUCUUCAAUGAUCCCUGGAUGAAAAGGGAUUCAGCUAGCCCUGAGGAACUUGUCUGUGAAGUAAAGCUAGAGAAAGGAACAUCUAAAUAUAUAAAGAGUAAAAAUGUGUUAGACAGAAACAGUUCAAGCAGUUGUGAAGCAGAAGGUUCUCCUGAUUCCUUCAAGAGGGUCAUAGAUGGAUGUGAAAUGGUUCUAAACGCUUCAGAAAGCAUCACUCCUGUGUUUUCAGCUAACAUCCCCAAGACCAGCAGCCUUCCUAGAGCAUGGCAUCGGUUAAACAAGCAGGAUGACCUUGAUGAGUCUUCCUAUCGCUACAUGAGUGGAGAAUAUAAAACCCUUGGGGUUACUUUGUCCACUCCCUGCAGUCCUCGAGCCACACUGGAGCGGAGAGGAUCACCUGGAAGGCAAGGGUUCUUCAGUCGUCCGAAAGGAAUCCCACCCUUACCACCUGUGAGGAAGUCAAGUCUUGACCAGAGAAACCGAGCCAGUCCUGAGCAUAAUUCAACAAAUACCCAGUGUCCAAGCCUGCACUUACCUUUCUUGGGCAGCACACCAGAGGAUCUGGGUGUAAAUGGUAAACAAACAGGACCAAAUUUUGAGGGUAGCAGGCUCUUCAGUGCCAAACUUGAGCUUUUGGCUAACAGAACCAAUUCUCUGGGAAGAUCCCAUGUUGCCCACUAUGACUGUCAUUCCCUAGAGAGAGGGCAGAGUCUAACGCUUAUUGGAUCGAAAGCAGCCGUAGUGAGAGAUAGCACCAUGCCCCGAGUCGGCAGAAGCAUCAUACGUAACUCCGUCUCCUCUCCGACCAAUGGACCGAACUGUAAUUCCAAUGUAACGCAUUCACCCAAAUCAAGCCAAUCCAAAAUCUCAGCUGUUACCAAACUCCUUAUGGCCAGUCCUAAGUCUCGUAGCCUUUCCACAUCUAGCACCAAGAGCUUGAGCUUCUCCACCAAGUCUCUUCCACAGUCAGUAAACAGAAGCUCCAGCCUGCCCCCUAACGGAAAGAACCCAAACCCAAAUUCUUGGUCAACUCAGUCUCUGUGCCGCAACAGGGGAUUAGGGCUUGCCUCGAAGCUGCCUCUUAGAGCUGUAAAUGGACGAAUCUCAGAACUUCUGCAGGGCAGUGCAAGCCAGACCGGUCAUGGACGAGGUACAUGCAAUACCGAGGAAAGAGGAGGAACGGUCCAGGGUGCAGCAGUGGUUCAUACUUUACCUUCCCCUUACAGUAAGAUCACUGCUCCACGAAGGCCACAUCGUUGCAGCAGCGGUCAUGCUAGCGACAACAGCAGUGUUCUGAGUGGAGAGCUGCCCCCGGCCAUGGGGAAAACUGCCCUUUUCUACCACAGUGGGGGCAGCAGUGGUUAUGAGAGCAUGAUGCGUGACAGCGAAGCCACUGGAAGUGCAUCUUCUGCUCAGGAGUCUAUGAGUGAUACCAGCAGCUCUGUUAGUGGGCGGAGGAGUCUGAAAAAUGCAAAGAAAAGGAACACGGGAACCCAGAGAAGACGCCUCAUUCCCAAUUUGACCCUUGACCCCACUUCACCAGCCAGGAAGCCAAUCCUGAGCCCCGGAGUGCGCUGGUUUGACGGACCAAUCCGCCCCCCUCAGAGGGGUGGGGCCGAACCCUUCGAGAUCAAAGUUUAUGAGAUCGAUGAUGUAGAGCAUCUGCAGAGGAGGCAGUCCGGGGUCAAUAAGGGCGUGGUGUAUUUCAGCGCUAAGUUAAAGAUUUUGGAGCAUCGACAGCAGAGGAUCUCCGAAAUACGAACAAAAUACGACUGGCUGAAGAGAGAACUGGAACAAACCAAAAAGCACCUGAUGCUCGAGCCGGAGAAGUGGACCUCUGAGUUCGAUGUGGAACCCGUGUUCGAGGUGGACUCUUUGGAGUAUUUGGAGGCUCUGGAGUUUGUCACUCAGCGGCUGGAGAAUCGGGUUAAUUUCUGUAAAGCUCACCUGAUGAUGAUCACAUGUUUCGACGUCACGUGUCGCCAACGGUAACCGUGCAGGAAAACAGGAAGUGCAACAGCUUCAGAGUGCGUGUUUGUAAUAAUAAUCAGUAAUACAGAAAACAAACAAAAUUCACACUCAGAUGUAAUUUUUUAAAAGUGGAUCUGUUUGAAUGUAAAAUUGAGCUUCUGAGGGACGAGGAAACAAACCAGCAAAUUAACAGACUUUUAUUCCACAGACACAUUAAAGUUAUUAUUUAUUAAACAGGUCACAUGACCUGGGUCAUGCUAUUGUGUUAGCUUAUUAGCUCGUGAAAUUACCAUGUCCUCAGAUUCUUUAAUCCUUUAAUUAUCACUGGAGAAAACUCAGACAUUCACACAGAAAACUUUGGAAUCACGGGAUCAUUCCCAGAUCUCCCGCCUGACAUGAAUCCCACAUUAUUCCGAGCAGACCCUCGGCUUUUCUCACGUGUGAAUACAGUGACGAUGAAAUACGGAUAUUUUACCAAAUGUUCAGAGAGACAGGAAGAGGAUGUUCUGUUAGCAGAUAAACUGCUGUAAAUAGUUUGCUUGCUUGUUUUAUUAGGACGAGGCCGGAUUAAGAAGCAGAAAUGAAUGAAAAGAGGAAAAAAAAAAGAAGAAAGAAGAUUAAAAAGUGCCUUGAGAAUCAUUUUAGUAUGCUGACGAUGAUUUGUGUACAGACGGUGCUCACUUAAUCCAAACAAAAAAAAUCUCCAAACAAAAAGAGCUUGUUUUAUUCGGUGUUUUAUCGUCAGGUUCUUUGUACUGAACGUAUUCGUAAAUGCAACUUCUUACAUGUUUUUAAUUAUUAUUGAUUUUUCACUCGGAGACCACACAGAGUCGAACCGUAUUUAACUACAUUUUAGGAAUAAAUGUUUUAUCCUCAAAAAUUAAAAGGAAGAUUUUUAAAAAGGCAUUACACAAGACAACACACUCCAUCCUGGGGUCAGGGGAUAGGGGUUA